AUGGCUCCCCCUCGGACGCGCAAAAUUGCCGUCGUCGGCUCACGGGCCGUAGGCAAAUCCUCCAUGACCGUCCAGUUUGUCGAAGAGCAUUUCGUCGAGAGCUACUAUCCCACAAUCGAGAACCAGUUUUCCAAGAUAAUAAGGUACAAAGGACAGGACUAUGCCACUGAGAUUCUCGACACCGCCGGCCAGGACGAAUUCAGCAUCAUGAACCAAAAACACUCCAUCGGUGUACAUGGUUAUGUUAUCAUGUACUCCAUCACCUCGCGUGCGUCCUUCGAGAUGGUCCGCGUGAUCAGAGACAAGAUCUUGAAUAGUACCGGCACUGAGACGAUACCCAUGAUCAUCGUCGGUAAUAAGAGCGAUCUUGGAGCUCAGAGAAAAGUCGAGACCGCUGAAGCCAAGGCUCUAUCAGAAGAGUUCAACUGUCCUUUCAUCGAGACUAGUGCCAGACACAACGCCAACGUCUCCAAGGUCUUUGAGCUUCUCAUUGCCGAGAUUGAGAAACACGACAAUCCGACGCCAGACCCAAAUAACAAGUGCGUGAUUGUGUAA